AUGUUAAAUAGUCAAAACGAAUCAAGACGACAAGAAAUUGAAUCUAAUCUCGAAAAGGUAAGGCAACGCAUGAACGUUGCCUUGGAAGGGCGAAGCCAGGCCAGACUUGUAGCCGUUAGCAAACUGAAACCAACCUCUGAUAUUCUUUAUGCGUAUGAAGCUGGUCAACGUCAUUUUGGUGAAAAUUAUGUCCAAGAAUUAGUUGAAAAAAGCAAAGAGCUUCCUCUUGAUAUUAAAUGGCAUUUCAUAGGAUCUUUACAGACUAAUAAGUGCAAAAUGUUAGCUGCAAUACCAAAUUUGUGGGUAGUCGAAACCAUCAGUAGUGUAAAAAGUGCAGAAGCCAUGAAUAAUGCGUGCGCAUCUCGUGAAUCGCCAUUAAAAGUAUUUGUUCAAGUGAACACAAGUGGGGAAGAGAGUAAAAGUGGAGUCUCUCCUGAUGAAUGUAUACCACUUGUCAAGUACAUCCGUGAAAAUUGCGAAAAUUUAGACUUUUCCGGUAUAAUGACAAUUGGCGCGCUAGGACAUGACACUGCUACCGAUGGGCUGAAUCCGGAUUUUAUCAAACUGAAAAAUAUCCACCAACAAAACAUAGAGGAAUUCUCAGUUAACGCUGAUCCUACUAACGCGCCUUUGGAAAUGAGUAUGGGUAUGUCGGAGGAUUUCGAGGAAGCACUAAGACUCGGAUCUACUAACGUUCGAGUUGGAAGUGCUAUUUUUGGUGAACGAUUAAAAAAUUGA